UUCCUACCAAAUUUAGAUGACUGAACAUGUGUCUCUUGAUUUCAUCAUUAAAAUAAUAUAUUUAAAGGAUUUCCAAUCCUUUGUAACAAACAGAAUUUAUUCGGCUGCUUAAGCAUGGAUAGUGCUGGUCAACAACAGGUUGAAAGGAAGAGUACAGCUAAGCUAGAUGAAAUACUCAGUAUAGAGAAACAAGUUCAGGAAAAAUGGAAUCAACAACAUGUAUUUGAGGAAGAUGCUCCUUCAGAUCCUAAGCAGCCAAAGUAUAUGGUUACAUUUCCUUAUCCUUACAUGAAUGGAACACUACAUUUAGGACACACUUUUUCUUUAUCAAAAUGUGAGUUUGCUGUUGGAUUUCAGAGGAUGCAAGGAAAGAAAUGUCUAUUCCCAUUUGGAUUACAUUGUACUGGUAUGCCCAUAAAGGCUUGUGCAGAUAAGCUGACAAGAGAGAUUGCUGAUUUUGGAUAUCCACCACAGUUUCCACCAGAAGAGGAAGAAGAAAAAGAGGAGGUCACAGAAGUUGUAAUAAAGGACAAAUCAAAGGGUAAAAAGAGCAAGGUAAAGGCCAAAACUGGAGGAUUAAAAUACCAAUGGCAGAUCAUGGCAGCUAUGGGAUUUACAGAUGAAGAAAUCAAACCAUUCUGUGAUGUUCAACAUUGGUUAGAAUAUUUCCCACCUAAAGCUAAAAGUGAUCUGAUUAAAAUGGGAGUGAAGGCAGAUUGGAGAAGAACAUUUAUUACCACUGAUGUCAAUCCAUUCUAUGACUCUUUUGUCCGCUGGCAGUUUAUAAGACUGAAGGAAAGGAACAAAAUCAAGUUUGGAAAAAGGCACACUAUAUUUUCACCUAAAGAUGGACAACCUUGUAUGGACCAUGAUAGAAGUACAGGGGAGGGUGUUGGUCCACAAGAAUAUACAUUAAUAAAACUUAAAGUGUUAGAACCAUACCCACAGAAAUUCAGUAAGCUGAAAGCUAAGAACAUAUAUCUAGUAGCAGCCACUUUAAGACCAGAAACCAUGUUUGGACAGACAAACAUCUGGGUUAGACCUGACAUGAAAUAUAUAGCCCAUGAACUGAAGAAUGGUGAUGUGUUUGUUUGUACCAGGAGGUCAGCAAGAAAUAUGGCAUAUCAGGGUUUUACAAAGGAAGAUGGGAAGAUUAAUGUUCUGGUUGAGCUGGUUGGACAGGAUAUAAUGGGAGUAGCCCUGUCAGGACCACUAACAUCCUAUAAGAAGAUUUAUACCCUGCCGAUGUUAACCAUUAAAGAAGAUAAAGGUACAGGUGUAGUGACCAGUGUCCCAUCAGAUGCCCCUGAUGAUUUUGCUGCUCUCAGAGAUUUAAAAAAUAAACAGCCAUUUAGGGAAAAAUAUGGAUUAAAAGAUGAAAUGGUUUUACCUUAUGACCCUGUGCCUAUUAUUGAUGUCCCUGAAUUUGGUAAUUUGUGUGCUGUGACAGUGUGUGAGCAAAUGAAAAUUCAGAGCCAAAAUGACCGAGACCAGCUUCAGGAGGCAAAGGAAAAGGUCUAUCUAAAGGGGUUCUAUGAAGGGAUUAUGACAGUUCCAGAAUACAAAGGUCAACAAGUUCAAGCUGUAAAGAAACCAAUACAGAAGAAAAUGGUCGAUGCUGGAGAAGCAGUUAUAUAUUUUGAACCAGAGAAACAGGUGAUGUCCAGAUCAGCAGAUGAAUGUGUUGUGGCUCUCUGUGAUCAGUGGUACUUGGAAUAUGGUGAGAAGACAUGGAGAGAAUUAGCUACCAAGGCUUUAAGUAAUAUUGACACUUACUCAGAAGAUUGUAGACGUAACUUCCUGUCAACUCUAGAUUGGUUACAUGAGCAUGCUUGCUCUAGGACCUAUGGACUAGGUACUAAAUUACCAUGGGAUGAGCAGUACCUGAUUGAAUCUCUGUCAGACUCUACAAUAUAUAUGGCCUAUUACACAAUAGCACAUCUGUUACAAGGUGGAGUCUUUGAUGGAAAGUCACCCAGUCCUGUUGGUAUUAAGCCAGAACAAAUGACACCAGAAAUAUGGGAUUAUAUUUUCUUCAAAGGAGUUCAGUUUCCAAAAUCCACAAAGAUACCAAGGAAUGUGCUGGAUAAACUGAAAAAGGAAUUUGAAUACUGGUAUCCUGUUGACCUCAGAGUGUCAGGGAAAGAUCUGGUUCCUAACCAUCUGACAUAUUACAUAUAUAACCAUUGUGCCAUCUGGCCAAAUGAUAGUUCAAAGUGGCCAAAAAGUAUAAGAGCUAAUGGUCAUAUAUUGCUGAACUCAGAGAAGAUGUCUAAAUCCACUGGGAAUUUCCUGUCAUUAUCGGAGGCUAUAAAUAAAUUUUCAGCUGAUGGUAUGCGCCUUGCCCUGGCUGAUGCUGGAGAUACAAUGGAAGAUGCCAACUUUGUAGAAAAGAUGGCUGAUGCUGGACUUUUACGUCUGUACACUUAUCUGGAGUGGGUGAAGGAAAUACUGGCCACAACAGAAUUAAUGAGAAGUUCUAAAACUUUAACCAUCAGUGAUAAGAUAUUUGACAGUGAGAUGAACAAGGCCAUAAAUGAAACUAAGGGUCACUAUGAGAAAAUGCUAUACAAAGAGGCCCUGAAAACUGGAUUCUUUGAGUAUCAAGCACUUAGAGAUAAGUAUCGUGAAUAUGAGAUGACAGGAAUGAAUUCUGACCUGAUCUUUAAGUUUAUACGCACACAAACUUUAAUGCUUUCACCCAUUUGUCCACAUAUUUGUGAAUAUGUCUGGGGACUUCUAGGAAAUAAAGGAAGUAUAAUGAAUGAGUCAUGGCCAGUAUCAGGACCUGUAGAUGAAAAACUGAUACAGAUGUCACAGUACUUAAUAUCCUCAGCUCAUGACUUCCGCGUCAGACUGAAGCAGUUAACAGCUCCAGGGAAGGGGAAGAAACUAGCAGGAAAACCAACACAUGCAACUGUAUGGAUAGCCAAGUCAUUUCCACCAUGGCAGGUCACUGUAUUAACAUCUCUCAAGACGUUAUAUGAGAAAAACAAUGGAUUUCCUGAUAACAAAGUAAUAGCAGCAGAGUUAAAGGACAAGAAAGAAUUAGACAAAUAUAAGAAAAAGGUCAUGCCAUUUGUACAGGCUACAAAGGAUAACUUUGAGAAAAUUGGUUCAAAGGCUUUACAACUAGCAAUGGAUUUUGAUGAGAAAGAAGUGAUUACAAUUUAUCAUCAGUAUCUUGUUACAACUCUUGAUCUUGAAGGUUUAGAUGUCAAGUUUUCAGAUGAUGGUGACGGCAAGAUAAAGGAUGAUUGUACUCCAGGGAAACCAUACAUUACAUACAGAAUUGAGACUUCUGUCACAGUUCAAUGUAUAAACCCACAGGCCUAUAGUGGUUUAUUUGAAGUUGCCUUACCAAUAUUUGAAGACGAUACUAAGGUCAAAGUCCUAACUAGAUUGAUGAAAACAGACCGAUCCAAGAUGAAAGAUACAAAGCAGAUAAAACUCAUGAUGUACACAGAUCAUGAUAAAAACAGUAGAACGAUCCCUGAUUACAAUAAUAUAGAGAAAGGACUUGUAGCUGUGCCAGAAAAUGUCAUAUUUAAUUUGAAGACAGAUUCAGUCAUUAUGCAAACAAAUGGUCAGAAGAAGGAAUUUGGAAGAAAAUUAAUCUACAUUGUGAAUUAAAUUCUGACAACACAGAUAAUUUUAUUUAUAAUUGUAAAAAGAAGGAUGUGUUGGAGCAGGUUUAUGAAUAAAUUAUUAUUUAAAUUUAAGAA